AAGUGGCCUUCGUUUCGUUUCUUUCACCUUUACGUGUAGCUGUCCGGAUAGCGCGUGUAUUUUCUCCGUAUAAAUGCGGCGCUGUGCUUGACAAAAUGCUCAGUCCGUCGCCGGAACACUGCGCGGAAAGUGUGUGCGGCACGCCGAGAUGUUGACUUCCUGGAGAAGGACGCCAAAUGGGAUCCGGCGCGCGAUGUCCUCCGGAAAUGAUACGGCCGGUAUCAUUAUCAUUGGCGACGAAAUUCUGCGUGGCGACAUACGUGACACGAAUGUGCACCAUAUCUGCUCGCGGCUUCGAUCCGUGGGCAUCCGGGUUGAACGGGUGUCCAUCAUCCCCGAUGUGGUGCCCGUGAUCGCCGAGGAAGUGCGCAAGUUCUCCACCUCCUACAGCUACGUGUUCACGUCGGGAGGCGUGGGCCCGACGCACGACGACGUCACCUACGAGAGCGUCGCCGCAGCGUUCGACGAAGAUGUCUUCGUACAUCCUCAGGUACUCGAAUCUUUCCGAGCCCUCUACGGUCCCAGGUCUGAGGCCGAAAUAGCCAUCAGCAAGUUCGCGACCAUUCCUCGCUCUUCAAGAAUACUGUUCGGUGACAUACAGCGGCCUGGAAGGGUGCUUCGAUUGCCCUUGGUGUGCGCCAAGAACGUGUACAUGCUCCCGGGCGUACCUCUGGCGCUAGAAGCUUUGUUUCCACUCUUCCUCAAGGACUGCGAGGAGAAAGGUCAUAAGAUCAUGUAUAUUACGGAGCUUUUCAUAAAGUCUGAUGAGCUGAGCAUAACAGCUACUCUGAACAAGGCCGUGGAACAUUUCAAGAACAAGGUCAAGUUUGGAUCCUACCCGUCACUCGACAGUAACUACUAUCGCGUGCGUCUAGUUCUUGAAGGUGAGAAGGAAGAAGACGUAGCUGAAGCCAAGACGUUUCUCCUGAACAACCUGCCGGAUGACUCGGUGACUCAGUUCGACCGUGAUCCUUUGACCAAUGCAUGGCAGAAACUGAGUGCUUUGGCUGAACGGAAGCCACACAUUGCAUCAUCAUUGAAAACUAUAGAGGAGGCCCUCACGAAGUACACGGUGGAAGGAAUCUGCGUGGGGUUCAGCGGUGGCAAGGAUUGCACCGUUAUUCUUCACAUGCUAUACGCCCUGCUUCAGAAGCAGCUGAAACCCGGUGAAACGAAGCUGCCGAAAGUCCAGUGCCUCUUCAUGCGCAGUGAGCACAUGUGGCCCGACACCAUAUCGUUUAUCGAGACCAGUGCGAAACUCUACAACUGUGAACUAACGACUAUCUCGGAAAAGUGUUACAAGGUUGCUUUGCAGCAGUACUUAACCUCAAAGCCCAACGUCAAGGCGUUCCUCUUGGGCAAUCGAUCCACGGACCCUGGCGGUGACAAGCUCAAGCCCUUCACUCCAACGGAUGAAGGAUGGCCUCAAGUGAUGCGUGUCUUUCCUGUGCUUGACUGGUCUUACAAGGAUGUCUGGGAUUUUAUACGCGACCUGAGCAUUCCCUACUGCUCGCUCUAUGACCAAGGGUACUCGUCAAUUGGAGAGAAUGAGGAGCCUAAUGAAGUACUAAUGUACUUUGACAGCCGAGGUGCGAAGCGCUUCAAGCCCGCAUACAUGCUUGAUGAUGUGAAGCUUGAACGUUCUGGUAGGAAGUGAUGUAGGGCAGCGGUACUAUACAUGGAAGUUGUGUUGAUGAACUAGACUUUCAUGACUUUAUAUAUGAUUAUUAUAUCAAAUUGAGUGUGCCUUAUGACUACACCACUCUGUCACUGCAUGUAGUACAAGCAUGGGGUUAAAAUUUGGAUUUUCACAUCUAUUAAUGUUAAUUGCUUUUAAGCUGCCCUUUUCCUUCACAGACUCAGCAUCUUGGGACCUGUGCAGAGUUGCAUUGUUUGCAAAAAGUUCGAAACUGUUUUCAACAAUUUUUAUUGUGCAUGUACGUAAACUGCUAUUUUUUAAAUACAGUAGUGAAUAAAAUUUAUUGCACCAGCUUGCUCAUGAAUGAAUAAAAAAUUUUCUUCAUACUUCAAAGAA